AUGGCCUCCAUGAUCACCCGCCGCUUCUUCUCCACGACUGUCCGUCGCAUGUCCGUGGAUACCGCCUCCAAGGCGGAGCUCCAGUCCGAGUCCAAGCGCAACCCCGAGAUUUAUAUCCUCGGUGGAGUUAUGGUUGCCGCUCUGGGCGGUGCCGGCUUCUACUUCGGCCGAUCUCCCACCCACGCCACCUCUGAGUCUCCUGUCAACGUCGCCAGCAUGGCCUGGGAAGGCGAGGGCAAGGGCAAGUACCAGUACCACCCCGGCGGUGACCCCAACGCUGCUCCCCGUGAUGCUCCCAGCGCCCUCAACGUUGUCAUCAUCCCCAACGUCACCGCUCCCAAGGAGUACCACGACAAGUUCAACAAGUGGGGCAAGGAGGGAUACCCUUAA